UGAUGGAGAUUGAUGCGGGGGGCCACCGGGGGCACUCCUAGACCCACACACUCUUGGCAAUCGCGCCUGAAGAUCCCGGUCCUCGCGACCAAGGGCUGUCGCGGGGUUCGCGCGGCCUCCCGCCGCUGACACCCCAUUCGAGCUCGGGGACCCUGCCGCCGUCCUGCCUCCCUUCUUCCCUGCUGAGGCUAGAGCUCCUUACCCGCCAGAGUGCUGGAGUUCGUGGGGUGGGGGAUCAGCGCAAGCGGAAUGUAGAGAACUCGUCGCCCCCUCCCAGGUGCACCCACGGUUUCGGCGUCCCCCAUUUGGAAUUAGGAGCCCCCUCCCCCUUCUCCCGGGAAUCUCCUCCCACGCGACUCGUGGGGGCGUCCCGACCGCGUAGGAGGGCUCCCCGAGCUGGGCAAAGCGAAACCCCCAAACAGAGGACAGGGUGUGGCCCCCAGCCUUAGCCCACAGUUUCAGCCUUCUGACCGGGCCUCCUUAGGACUGAGUCCACGCUCCUGGCUCAGGGCUGUGGGCUGCCGCCUCCCUGGCCUGAGGAAGUGGCCCCUCAGCAGGCCUGCUAUCCCUGAUGAAUCAGGUGCUGGGCAUGCACCCGGUGGCCUCUAGUCAGUACCAGCCCUGGGGGAUCCUUGAGAGAAAUCCUGUCAGGCUCAUCCCCAGGUUGCUGCCUGGAAACAAGCCUGGAAAUAAGACUUCCCAGCAAAUUCUGAACAGCUCUGCAAGGCACUUUGCCUCUGUGAAUCUCAGUCUCCUCAUCUGCGAAAUAGGGAUGAGAGCCCCUACUGUGUAAAAUUGCCAGGAAGAUUCAGUGAGUGGGUGGUGCUUAGCAAGGACUCAGCAUUUAUUGAUAUUAGAGGGAAGUUGCUGGGCCAGGCAUCAGAGGCAGCGUGGGGGAGAAUUGUUUGGCUAGCUCCUGAAGAGGCAGGCCUUAAACAAUGAAUAACCAGAAAACUAACAGCUGCUGGCCCCGACCAAGCACUUUCAAAUCCCUGUGCGUCCCUUGCCACAUCUGCUUGACUCCUUCUAACAAUCUUGUGUGACCCCACACCUCCACCUGGGCCACCUGCAGGACACUGGCCCCUGCCCCUCAGCAGACGCCGGAGAGAGAUGAAGAGCAACAAAGAGCAGCGGUCAGCAGUGUUCGUGAUCCUCUUUGCCCUCAUCACCAUCCUCAUCCUCUACAGCUCCAACAGUGCCAAUGAGGUCUUUCAUUAUGGCUCCCUGCAGGGCCGGACGCGCCGGCCUGUCAACCUCAGGAAGUGGAGCCUCACUGACGGAUACAUCCCCAUUCUUGGCAACAAGACGCUGCCCUCCAGGUGUGGCCAGUGUGUGAUUGUCACCAGCUCCAGCCACCUGCUGGGCACCAAGCUGGGUCCUGAGAUCGAGCGGGCCGAGUGCACAAUCCGCAUGAACGACGCACCCACUACGGGCUAUUCGGCUGAUGUGGGCAACAAGACCACCUUCCGCGUGGUGGCCCAUUCCAGCGUAUUCCAUGUGCUGCGGAAGCCUCAGGAGUUUGUCAACCGGACCCCUGAAACUGUGUUCAUCUUCUGGGGCCCCCCAAACAAGAUGCAGAAGCCCCAGGGCAGCCUGGUGCGCAUCAUCCAGCGGGCAGGCCUGCUGUUCCCCAACAUGGAGGCCUACGCCAUCUCCCUCAGCCGCAUGCGCCAGUUUGACGACCUCUUCCGGAGUGAGACAGGCAGGGACAGGGAAAAGUCCCACUCGUGGUUGAGCACAGGCUGGUUCACCAUGGUGAUUGCAGUGGAGUUGUGUGACCACGUGCACGUCUAUGGCAUGGUGCCCCCCAACUACUGCAGCCUGCGGCCCCACCUGCAGCGUAUGCCCUACCACUACUAUGAGCCCAAGGGGCCAGACGAGUGUGUCACCUACAUACAGAACGAGAACAGCCGCAAGGGCAACCACCACCGCUUCAUCACGGAGAAGAGGGUCUUCUCGUCCUGGGCCCAGUUGUACGGAAUCACCUUCUCCCACCCCUCCUGGACCUAGGCCACCCCACCUGUGGGGCUCUCACGAGGGACACAGGAGAAGUGGGUCUCUGCCCAGCUGCUUGACCCAGGGCCAUCUCCUGGCCAAUCAAGGCUGGUCAGAGUGUCUUCUGGCUGGUCAGGCCUUGAAGAGGGUGCAUCCUCCAGCCAUCCAGGGCCUGGAGGAAUCUCUUGGCCAAUCAAGGAUUUGGGCUUCUAUGUGGUUAAUCGGGUGUUGAGGGUAUUUUUUGUCCAGUCAGGGUCUGAGCAUAGUCAAUCAGGGUAUUUCUGAGUAAUCUGAGGCUAAGGUCAUGUCCUUUCCCAUGAGGCCUUGGUUCAGAACCCCAGGAUGGACCCCAAAUCACUUCCUAUUGAUGGGGAUGGUGGGGUCCUGUUCCAGGAAGCCGCCUCCUCACUUUCCAGAGCUAGAGAGAGGUUGGGUGGGGGUAGGGGCCCAGGCUGGGGCAUUUGUGGGGUUGGGGGGCUCUCCAGGGUGGCAGACUGGUAUCUGGGUCUUGCCUCUGCCCUGAGUGGCCUUGAACAAACCCCUUGCCCCAUCUCUGGGCCACCUUCUGCCUGUGUCAGGUUCUAAUUGUAGAGUCUGAGAACCCUCCCACCUCCCCCCACUGACCACCUUGGGUCUGUCCUCCUUUAAUACUGGACACCUCCAGCCACCGCCCCUUGCUGGGGGGCUCAGCUUCCUGAGGGUCUGGGGUUCCCUUCCUCACCUCCUCCUGGAAACUUGAGGGUAUUUUUGUGCAACUUCCUCAGGCUUUAGGGAACUCUGAAAAGAAGGGGCAAACCUUCAGUUCUUUUCUUAGCCCCUCUGCCCAGCUGCCAUUAGCCUGGCUCUUAAAGAGCCAGGCCCCUGUUUCUGCCAUCCAGCCAUGAGGUUUUCCAUCUGUUGUAGGAGACUUUGGGGCUGAGAGGAGGGGGGAUCCCAGCCCACCUGAGGUUCCCCGAAGCCCCGUUGUUUGCAGCUGCUGGAGUAGUCCAAGGACCUUCCCCUACCUGGGCCAGGGAAGGCUCUAGAGGCCUGGGAGCUGUCGCCUAAGUUCUGUCACCUCCCUCUACAUCAGGCACUUUAUUGCUGGGCCUCAGUGGGCUGGAUUUACCCCCCAGCUCUUCUGGAGUCUUGAAGGGAAGAGACUGGAGGGCUUCCUGGAGGAGGCCGUGGAAUGGGCAGGGUCAGGUGGGGAAGGAGGCCAGCAGUGAGUCAUUGCACUUUGGGGCAAGGGUUGGGGGCCAGCGACUACCCUAGACUUGAUUUUGUAAUGAUUUGUACAGAAAUAAACGCACCUAAGCUCCAGCCCCA